AUGGCAACUUUACGAACAUAUGCGCGGGCUCUGAUGCGCCUGCGGCCCUCCUCGACGCCAACAACGCCCUCCCCACAGCUGGCCCGCCAGUUCGGGACCACGAGAACCGCCCCCGCAACAGCAGCUGCCCCCAGAACCCUCGCCGCCCCGUCGACCUCCCGCCGGGCCAUCCGGCGGCCCGCCCCUUCGAUACCAGCUUCGCGAUCCUUCUCCGCCACCCCUUCCACGCGGCACGGCCACGUCGACCCCCCCAAGCCCGGCGAGGAGCUCUGGGUCACCUUCAUCGACAAGGACGGCCUAGAGCACAAGCUGGCCGUGUCGAAGGGCGACAACCUGCUCGACAUAGCCCAGGCCCAUGACCUCGAGAUGGAAGGCGCAUGCGGCGGGUCCUGCGCUUGCUCCACAUGCCAUGUCAUAGUCCAGAACGAGGACCUCUACGACAAGAUGCCAGAGCCCGACGAUGACGAGAACGACAUGCUGGAUCUUGCCUUCGGCCUGACCGAGACCAGCCGCCUGGGCUGUCAGGUCGUCAUGGCCCCAGAGCUGGACGGCCUGGUGGUCAAACUGCCCUCCAUGACCAGGAACCUACAGGCUAGCGAUUUCAAGUAG